AUGCAGAAUUCCAAUGGUGUACUCAACAUCAUUCUUAUUGGAUUUCAUCACAGAAAGGGGUCAGUGGUUGAGCUCGUUUAUCCCUCAUUAUAUGAUAAAGAGCAAUCUGAAGUACACCAAUUGCCUCGUCCUUGGCGUCAUUUGCCUUCUUUAGCAAUCGCAGAUGGUGCUCAUAAUUACGUCAGAGAUUGUACGUAUUUUACUUUGCCUUCCACCGAGAAGAAAGACGACACUGUUUUUGGUGUUGCGUGCUACAGACAAGCAGAUUCAGCUUCAUACGUUCAGCCGAACCCUGAAAUAACUCGAAAUACUGUGCAGAAAAGUUUAGUUGUGCUAUCUAGAUUUCCGCUUUUUGGCUUUAUCGCUCACCAUCUCACAAAAAUAACUGAUUCCCUGUUUACGAAGAAAGGUUUCACUCAGGAAAGUUUACGGAAUUCUUUUGGAGAACUAAGUCUUCUGGUAGAAAACGUUUUAAAUGAUCCAGUAUCUUACCAAGAUGCUUUGUUUUGUAAUCUGAAUGUAUCCAACUUUGUUCGUGUAUACAAACGUGAUGCAUUGUGCCUAUUUAAAUUACUGUUACUGGAAAGACGCGUGCUUUUUACUGGAGAUUCCGGUGGGAUCGUUUCCAAUUGGAUACUGACCUUACUUAGUUUAUUUCCAGAUCUGUUACGUGUUGGUUUGUCACAGUGUUCUGUGGUUGAUUCAUCAUGGAUAUCCGAAUUCGAUAGUUGGCCAAAUGGGAGAAGUAACAACGCUCAAUUCGAUAGUGUUUCACAAGUUAAUACAACUGAACAACCGCCUAGUUUUUUACAAGAAUCAGUUUUUCAGAAUGACAAAAUGUCAAGCAAAAACAGAGAUUUUAACCUAAUAAAUACAAAUAUUUUCUCUGUGUUCCUUUUCAAUACUUUUUAUAUUAAGGAGGAAGAAGAAACUUUGUCCGUUGCACUACUGAACACUUCUUGUUCUGAUCCUAUUUCAGAUAAAACUUCUUUACCACAGAAAGGUUCAACUACGACUGUGAAUCCAACUCAUAAUUUGGAAAUAGUCAAAUUGAUGCCUGCCACUGAUACCCUACAAUUUGAACCAAAACAACCGCCGUUAUGUCAUUCGGAUAGAAGUCAUCCAACUACCGGUGCAUCUGAAAAACUUACAAAUACUUCAUUAUCUGAAUUCUCAUUAUACUCACCUUUUCCAACUGAUGAUUGGGGAUUCCCUUUAUCAUUAUUUACAAAAUCUUAUUUAGCGCCGAUAUAUAUUCCCCUUGGUUUACUGGAUAUGCUAUUGCAGCAAUCUAGUUGCCUGUCCACACCCAACUCAAAUGUUGCUUCAUCAGUAGACAACAACAACCACAGAAUUUUAACUGAUCGUUCAGUUCGAGGCUUUAUAGCCGGUGCUACAAAUCCCUUAUUACGAUCAAAUAAAAAUCUGACAGAGGUAUUUGUUUCAUCUUUAUCACCUGUUGAAGGUAUUUCUGACGCUUACUUUCCACACCUGUCUGAGUUAACUUGUGCAUUUAGUAAGAAUUCAGUCAAUGAAACAGACAAUGACUCAUUGAUGAAUAUUGUUGGAUCUGAAAAUAAUAUAAAAUCUGUUAAUUCAAGUUAUAAUGACAAAAGUGGUAAAAGCUUGGGCUCAAAAUCCUCAAAUGUUUCUCGGCCGUUUUCUUUGUUUUAUACAUGUUCAUCGUGCACAACCUUACAGACGUUUUGUUCUUUGGGGGAUAGUGGCUGGCACCGGAAUCCAGGAGGUAGAAUUCGUCCUAUUUGGAACUCACUGAUUGGAUAUACCUUCACAUCUAGUGAGAUUGAUGACAAUCCCCUCCAAGACUCGAACCUAGCACCCAUCAUUUCAAACGCCAAAGCGUUAUUCACUAGGCCACUUGGGAAACAAGAGCCACCUCUGGUAAAGCAGCCAAAAAGAUCUCAACCGGUUAUUCAAAUUAAUUCAGAAAACACCUCAAAUAAGUAUUCAACCAAUCCUCGGGCUAUGCCUAUCCCAUUAAAUCGAGCAAUACAAUUAAGUCGGAUAGACAGAUUAUUCAUUGAUCAUUUAAUAUCAACUGUAAAUAUGUGGUUUUGUGCUCAAACAGAUUACUGUCAACAGUUAUCGUAUAAAAUGGGCAAAUUAAUUACAUGCAAUAAUACCCUUCAUGGAUUAAAUUCAUCCAACCAAUUAGAUGAAGAUGUUUUACAACUACUUCCACCAGCACAGAGAACAUUCCUACUCAGAUUUCCAUCUCAAUCUAUUUUAGACGCUUGGAUAAGACAACAGUUUCUGAUUUAUUUGAGAGCAUUACUGUUAUCUGCACAAGGCUACAAUUCCUCUUCAUCAGACUUUCAUCCAGCCUAUUUAACUUGCCUCCGGUCGACAAGAAGCUUUUUACUUUGGCGUUAUCAAUUUUCACCUGGACAACUUUUCUCCGUCUCUGUCCCAGGACCAUCACCUCAGAAUAUUGUGGAUAACAAGUCAACUAGAGAAGAAGAAGAAGAAGAAGAAAAAGGAAAUCAAAUCAUUUCUGAAGAUUCGGAGUCAUUACAAUUAAAGUAUUCGUGCACAACUUCUCCGGAUUCAGUGGCUGCUGUAGUUUCUCAGCAUCCUGGACGUAAACUCACUGACGCCGAUGAUUUAAAUCAAAUUACUGACGGUUUUAAAAGAUUAGGAAACAUGGCUGCUGAUCAAGGUCGUAAGAUUGUCAGUCAAAGUGUCGCUGGUCUUGUAAAACUUGGCAGCGAAUUCAAUUCAACAUUUCGUGCAUCAUCAUCAUCGAAUUUUAUGUGGAAAUUUUCAGAUGCCUUUAAAUCUGUUAUGCUGAAUCCAUUGUCAGCUAAUACUUCUGUUAUUCUAUCACCUGAUGGUAAUCCAGAGGACGUGAAUAUUAAAAGCGAUUUGUAA